GCUUGCUCCCUCCCCCAUCAAGAUCCGAGCUCUGGCCGAUUCGAUACCACUGCCGUCCCUGCCCUCUCCUCCUCCGUCGCCUGCUGGCCUUGCGAGCUCGUCACCGCCCUUCCCCGCACCCGCAAUUCAGCAUCUCCCUGUCGUCUCCGUCCUCUCAGCCCCGCUCAUCCGCUCAGCAUCGACGCUACCCCGCUCAACAUGUCGAUGCAAGUCCUGAAGCAGGGAUACGGCCAGGUCAAGGAGGAUGGCCUUCGAGGCUUCAUGUGGUCCAAGCGAUGGAUCGUCCUGCGCGAUCGCACGCUGUCUUUCCACCGCAACGAGAAUACCUACCAGGCCCUCAGCUUCAUGUUCCUGAAGGAGAUCCAGGCCGUCGAGCGAUCGACCGCCAAGCCGUACUGCUUCGAGGUCAACUCCGUGGACAAAUCCUGCAUGAUUGCCUUCACCAGCGACGAAGAACUGUACUCCUGGAUGGAUGCCAUCUAUGAAAUGACCCCCCAAAGCAACUCAUACCCCACCGAUUUCGCCCACAACGUUCAUGUCGGAAUCGACUCGAAGAGCGGAGCUUUCUCGGGUCUCCCACGAGAAUGGAAAGCACUCUUGGAUUCCUCCAGUAUCUCCAAAGAAGAGCUCGAGCGCGAUCCCGAAACCGUCCUGGAGGUGCUUGAGUUCUACUCCGGCAUGGAUCGGGACAGCCGCUCGGACACACAGAGUUUGGCCAACAUUCCCCGGCGAGACGGGUCCGUCCGUCGUCAUCAGCGAGAGCAGUCCCGUCGAGAGGAUGGAUCACCAAGCUCACGCUCUGACGGAACACCUCGCAUUCCACCUCGAGGCGUGUCGGGCUCGGGCAAACCUGUGCCGCGGAGGGAGCAUCGCGGCGAUCGUGACCAUGUCAGCACACGGUCCCGGAGCGACUCGCGUGGCGAGAAGGAUUCGCUUCGAAGCGAGUCCCGAGGCGAAUCCCGGGGCGAAUCUCGGAGCGAUACCCGUGGAGACCCGAAAUCCGACUCCUCCCGUACAUCGCCGGGCAUGUCCCGUAGCCGCUCUGUCCGGGAGACCAGCUUGGCUCCGUCGGCCAUCCCCACCCGGGGCGACUCGACCCGCAAGAUCCCGCAACGAUCAAAAUCCGAGUCCCGCUCCGAGCCUCGCUCGGAGUCUCGCUCCCAAGGGCGCUCGGAGCGACGCCCGAUCCGCCACGAUGAAUCGGAGGAAUCAUCAAGUCGUUCGGAGCGAUCCCGUGCCGACCGUGACAAGUCCAUGUACCGCUCACCUGCCCACAGCCGUGAGAACGUCAAUCGCGACAAGUCCGUCUACCAGCAGCGAAGCGACAGGGCGAACUAUGCCGAUGCCCGCGACAAGUCUGUGUAUAAGCCGCGAACCGACAGCCGCAAGAAGCGCGAAGAUGACAAGGGUGACAAGUCGGAUAAGAAGGAUAAGGCUGAUCAGGACGACCAGGCCGACCAAGACGAUGUGCCCAGCGUUCGCAAGGUCAAGCGGGCCAACCGAAGCUCUGAGCUUUCGGAGGCCCAGGUUCUGGAGCAGCUGGAGCAGCUGUCGUCCAAGGGCGACCCGACUCAAAUCUACGCCAAAAUCAAGAAGAUCGGACAGGGUGCCUCUGGCGCUGUGUUCAUGGCCCGACGGAAUGGAUCCAAGUCUAUGGUGGCCAUCAAGCAAAUGGAUCUGGCGCUGCAGCCACGCAAGGAUCUGGUGAUCAACGAAAUCAAGGUCAUGCGGGACAGCCAGCACCCCAACAUCGUCAACUACCAGGACAGCUAUCUCGUUGGCAAGGAGCUCUGGGUCGUCAUGGAGUUCAUGGAAGGUGGCGCCCUGACGGACGUGAUCGAAAACAACACUCUGAAUGAGAACCAGAUCGCGGCUAUUUCCUUUGAGGCUAUGAAAGGACUGCGGCAUCUGCACUCCAAGAAUAUCAUCCACAGAGACAUCAAGAGUGACAACGUUCUGCUCAAUGCCGAGGGCCACGUCAAGAUCACCGACUUUGGCUUCUGUGCCCGCAUCACAGCGGAGCGAUCGAAGCGAGCAACCAUGGUCGGUACGGCCUACUGGAUGGCCCCCGAGGUUGUCAAAAACAAAGAGUACGGUGCCAAGGUUGACGUGUGGUCGGCGGGCAUCAUGGCCAUCGAAAUGAUCGAGGGCGAGCCGCCGUAUCUGGAUGUCGACCCGAUCAAGGCCCUGUAUCUCAUCGCCACCAACGGCACGCCCAAGCUCAAGCACCCCGAGAAGAUGGGCUCGCAGUUCAAGAGCUUUCUCAGCCGCUGUCUGGAGGUCGAUGUCUCGAAACGAGCAGACAGUGAGGAGCUCCUCUCGCACCCGUUCUUCAAGCAAGCGGCCCCUCGCAGCGCCCUGGUGCCGCUGGUGAAGAAGGUCAAGAGCGCCGGCAAGUGAACGCCCCCUCUGCUCGGUACUCGGACGGACAAGUCGCUCGAUGCUGCUGGGUCGGCUGGAUGGCCUGCCCCUUGUGUCUUUUGGCCCCGGCGAGUGC